GCAACCUUGGAUGACCUCUCUGAAGACCUGUCCCCAGAGACGGCGCCUGGCCUCACCCUGCCAGGAUACUGUGCCCCGUCCCCGCCGCCAACACCAGUGGAGAUACCUGCCUUCCCACCAAUGGUAUCUGGGGCAGACAAACUAGCCCAGGCCUCAGACCUCAUAGCUGCUGACAUCAGGCGUAGGGACCUUUUGGAGAACAAAGCGUCAGAAUGGAUAGAACAUGAGAUAAUGGCCCACAUCAUAUCAGAGUUAUACCCUCUGAAACCAGAGAAGCCCCGGGAGAUGGAACAUGUGGUGUACGAGGAAUCAGAGGAUAGUGUGGCUGACGACCGGGAACAGUCCAUGUUCAUGAUGGAUGCUAUUGGUCGUGACGGCCUUCAGAUGUUUGUGGAUAUGGGUCAGCCUGUGGAUAGCCGCUUGGUAGAUGCUCUUGUCAAAGAGGUCCUGCUGGAGAAAGUCACUACUCUACUUGGUCAGCGGCCAGAUGAUGAGACGAGUGUACAGAAACAGGCAACAGAGGGGAGAACAGAGGUCAAACUGGGGGCCUCAAUGAGAGGGCAGGAUACAGGGAGAGUAGCAACAGGAAUCACCCCUGAGGAUGAGUAUGCAGGGAUGCUGCCGACCCCAGAACCCACACCCAAGGCGAGUCCUAUCUCCUCUCCAGUACGAGUCCUGUCACCACCAGUCACCCCUCCCAACUCGCCACCGGUAGCGGUUCCAUCAAAGUUUGUCCAGGAGACACGUGUUGCACCACAGGAGUCAGAGCCAGAGGAGAUCUCGGAGUCCUUGGAUAUCAGUGAAGAAAUCCGGGCACUGAGAGACAAGCUAGUACCUAUUGGAGGGGAGCCCAGACAGGCUAUACAUGAUGUGGAAACGCCCAUUUCUACACCAAUUCCGGAGCUGCCCCAGGAGGAGAAGGAGGAAGAACGACCCCUGUCGCCACCUCAACCUUCCCCACGCAGACCCCCUGUACAGCCCGUUCUACAGGUACCUGUGGCCGUAUCAGAACCCCCAGUCCCUGAUCCUGUCCCUCCCCCUGUACAGGAGAAGGUAGACAUUGUAGCGAGCCCCCAGCCCUGGGGUGAUCCGGAGUCUCCCCUUCCAGAGGAAAACCCAGAUUUCCGAGACGACUAUAUGGAUGAUGGAGCCACCCAACAUAAACCUUAUGCCCUGUCUGUGGCCCCUAUGGAUGAGAGCCUGCCCUAUCCUGUAAACCAGGUUCCAACACCACCACCACCAAAGUCGCCAGUUCGGAGACACUCACCCAGUCCCAGUCCUUCCGAAACGGACACCACAUCCAUCAUGUCAUCUGUGUCGGAUACCUACAACAUGAGUGUGUCCGAGGGGCAGUGGCUACUGUCCAAGUCUGAGGGAGAGAUGGCCGACUUUAACCUGGAUGAAGCUGCUAUGAAGAGGAUGGCCAUGCAGGCUAGACAGACUGGAGACAGUAUGGCCAGUACAUACCGGGACACAGAUGAACUAGAGGAAGACAUGACGGACCUCCAGGCCAGUGAGGGAGAGUUUCAGUACAAAGGUCAGGUUGAACCAGAGAAGGAUCCAAUGUUGCUCCUGUUGUCACGGCUACAGCAACACCCCCAUGAACAGACACCAGCCAGUGUCCCAGCUGCUGGUCAGUAUGACAUGAGCUCCCAACAGGUGUAUGACCUCCUCAACCACACAGGGCUAAGUACUGGUGAGGUAUACAUGAAUGGAGCAUCAGUUCAGAGAAGUCAAGGGGAGGUAAUUCGUGUUAUGCACACGCAACGCAGCAUGGGAGAAGUUCCAGAUUAUGACGAACCAACCAGAGACACAGGCAGACAGGCUGUACGGUCUAGUUAUGGCUUUACCCAGUCCAAUGGUGUUGGCCGAUCUAAUGACAUCUACACUAGAAAUGGUUCCCCAUUGCGAAUGACAGACCUCAAGUCUCAGUCCAUACAGGAGGAAUCUGAGCCGGAGCCCACACCUAGAGAGGAUUCCUACAGGGAGGAUACCAAGAGUGAGAGAGCCACACCCUCUAGGGAUGCCCGACCGUCAUCAUCUCGUGGCCGGCAGUCUCCUGGGAUGAGAGGCACACCUGGCGGAGUAUCAUUAGGAGCUGGCAGGAUCUCGCCAGGUAAAUCAGCCUUGAAGAAACCACCUCCAGCAACACCAUCCUCUGGACUCCCAAACAAGACUAUAUCCACCACGAUUCCUCGCACAGUACAGAUCAGAGAAUCAGACGACCAAGAAAACAAACAGAGUUUGGAUGGAGGGGCUACAAUGAGUGACCAGGGCACCAGGACCUUCACACCAGACCAAAUGAACAUGGACGAACUCAUCAAGUCUGAUUACCUCACACAGAGCAGGUCAGGCGAAUUCGGCCAAUCUGGUGGCAUGUCUCAAAGCUUUAGCCAAUCAGGACGCUUGUCUCAAAGUUACGACCAAUCAAGUGCUAUGUCACAGAGUCUUGGCAAGAAUGGAACAAGAGACUCCACAGAUCUCAUAU